AUGGAUUUCAAUACAAUUGAUUUAACUCGAGCAGAACAAGCUACUUCUUUUUUAAUUAAUAAUGAACAACAAGAAUAUCAAUCAAGAACAUUAUUAGAUAAAAAGAAUGGACGAUAUGCUUAUUUACCUAUAUUUCCAACAGAAUACGUUGGUCCAAAUGAGUGUUUACUUUUGGCUAAUGUACCAGUUAAUCGUCUUGCACCUCAUCAAAUUAAUCGACGUCAAUAUGGAGCCUAUACUUUCGAUGCACUGAUGCUGAUGAAUAAGUACAAUUAUUCCGAUGAAUUUAGUUUAUCUGAACAAGAUGCUAAUGAAUUAGCUUCACGAUUACAAGUAGGCAAAUCAAUAAUUACUUUCAAUGCACAACGACUUCGUAGCAUCUGUCAUACUCUUCUUGCAUUCCAUGAAUCAUUUCGACGAUAUGUUCUAUGUAAGAGUGAUGAUGCUCUAAAAGAACCACCACCCAAUUCGAAACAAAUGGCUAUGGCAUUGGAAUUCUAUUUACAAAUCGAUGUGGAUUUAUUCUAUAUGAAAACUUGUUCGUUUCGAGAAGCUCAACCUCCAUCUAAUAUAGAAGGUCUAUUUUGUGGAAGAGAUGAACCUCAAGCAAGAUAUUCAUUGGUUCCAUGUGGUAAUCUUUUUUGUCAAUGUUGUCUUCCAUUAAAUACUUACAAGAAAAGUCAACCAUGGUCAAUUGUUAAUUUUGCUUCAAGUUCAAUGCAUCGAUUUCUCAAUGGUUAUACUACCUAUCUAAAUUGUCCAGCAGUACGUUAUCCUUAA